GCAAAGGUGCCACUUACGUUGGAAGCGUGUUAGUUUAAUUCUACCUGGGGCAUUGCAGUGGCAAGCUUCUUUGUUUAAUGAAUAUAUUAUCAAGACUGAAUCAUACAAAUAGAUACUGAGAAAUGUUACACGAACAUGCAGUCCUCGGAAGCAUCUUUGUUUGUGAGAGGAGAGGACACUUCUGAGAUUUGGGAUGAUACUGCUCUUAUAAAAGCAUAUGAUCACGCUGUGAGUUCGGUGAAGGCCCACCUGUCAAAGAAAAAUGGUGACAGUAUCCAGAGUUUAGAUCAUAGCACUGGAGAUUUAGUCCAAAAAAAGAAGCACAAGAAGAACAAGAAGAAACACAAGCACAAAGGAAGAAAACAGUGGAAAGUAGGGGACCAAUGCAGAGCAGUUUUCACAGAAGAUGAUACUAUUUAUGAUGCUGUGAUUGUCUCCCUGAGUGAAGAAGUAGGUACUUGUGUUGUACGCUAUCUGGAUUAUAACAAUGAAGAGACACAAAAAUUGGCAGACUUACUAGCUCCCAACAGGAGACAUCAAAGACGAGAGUCAGGAAGUAAUGCAGAAAGUGAUAUGGACUGUACCCCAGGUCCACAUAGAGGAAGUAGACCUCACAGACAAUCCGAGUCACAUGCUCCUCCUCCCACUUGGCCAUGGCCACAGUCACCAAAUGUCAUUCCACCGUUUAGUGCAAUGCCACCUGUGUUUCCGUCAUUGCCAGUCUUUCCACCCUGGACGAGCCCAGCACAAACACCAUUAUCCUCACAAAACUUCAGUGUAGAUAUUUAUUUUGGCUACGAUGUUGCCUGA